UGGCAACAUAAAUAUGCAUGAAAGUGGAGACAAACGACAGGCUACAGUUGGUGUGAGAAAACGUGGGUGUUAGAUGUUUGCUGUUCCAUAAAUUCAAAGUUAAGAAAUGAUACUGUGAAGCUGAGCUCAACGCUAUGCUGGCACUUCGCUGAAUAGCGUUUGGUGUUACACAGCCAGGCUUUUUAAAAGUUUGUCAGAAAUUCAGUCAAUCAAGAAUUGAGAGAUCAAGGGCCACUUGAAAGAUGUCUAGAAAAAUGAAAAUGGGUACAUCACGAAGGAUGGGGAGGGAUAAGGGUGAAAAGAAAACCAAGACAGACGAUCAGUCUCUUGCGUCGAUGGAGGAAAAAGGGAUACAUGUUAUGGCUAACGCUGCAUUGAGGAAAACGGAGCCCAUCUCACAGGACUUGGUUCAGUUAAUACCUUCACAAUCUGAAAAUCCAGAAUUGGAUACCACUAAAACAAAAAGGAAACUUGGAUCUACCCGUAGAGAUAGAGCCAGGCAGGAUGUAUAUGAGUUGUGGUUAGAAGAAGAAUGUGGAAAUAAAACCAAAGUAUGCAAUGAUGCUGCACCCAGUGAGGCUGUAAACAGUGAAUUGCAUCAAAAUGCUUCUCUAUCAUUUGAACCAUAUUCUCAUUGGGAACCAGCAGAAGAGCAUUUCCCAUCUUCUCUAAAGGAGACAAAAAGUAACCCUCCAUAUUUACAAAUUCUGCUUGACAAAAAUACUGAUCUGUCAAGUAACUCUGUGGUCUUGGCACACUCUGCAAACACUCAUGCAAUGGUAGACAGUGAUAGAAGGACAGUAAAAGAGGAAGAGCAGAAAUCGGAGCAUCAUCGGCAGAGGCUACAGGAGGAUAUGUUGUAUGAGUCACCCAUCAAACUAGUGACGGUGGAGUCAAACAUGAUCAAAGCAGAGAGCCCUGUUGACAGAGGAUAUGAAAGCUGCUUGAAGUAUGACACACUUACUCAAGAACAUUUGGACCAAUCACAUAGCUCCUUACUUGGCAAGGUUACACUUUCAGAUGACACAGAGAACAUAGUGUCUCUUUCUCAAAUCCCUUCUGAACUGUUGCAUCAGUCAGAGGAAGUUUUGAGUUUUUGUCACCAAGUUACUGGACCAUGUGAUGAAAAUGAAAUACUGCAUUUAGCAGAUGAUUUCACUGACGAGACCCAGUCUAUGGAUAAUCUUGAGGAUAUUGACGCUGACUUCGAUAAACAGGUUGAUCUGACUUUUGAUGAGCCGAUCAUAUUAAACCCUGAUGAUAUUUAUCUCUCAGGACAAGUUAGCCAGGAACCAAUAAACCAGAAACAUACUGAGUGCACGUUUGCAGAUCUGAGUGACACAAGGAACACAUCUACAAACCAGACAAGAGAAGAACCAACUGAACGUAACGAAUUGUAUGGGAAUGAGAAGGAAGAAAGAUAUGAGGGUUUUUUGGUGGAGGACAUGUCACCACAUUAUAUAAAAAGACCACAUGGGCAAAAGGAAGACAUAGACCCCUUUUCACAGAUCUCAGAAGCAGAGAUUACUGGGAGGAUUCAGGAUUCAGGCACUGGAUAUUUUGCAAGUAAGGUUGCCUCUUUACAAGCUCUCCAAACAGAUAGUUAUUUGUGUCAUCAAGAAACUACUACAGCAGAACCCCUACCAGUAGCAGGAAGAAGAAAGAUGGGGUCCACUCGCAGGCCUUGUAGAGAUGUAAUUGUGGGUGAAAACACAGAAGACUGGGAAAAGGAAGAACACAUUGAUGGUGAAAAUAACAAAGAUGUCAUGGUGGGCGAAGGAGAAGUUUGUCAUGGGGAAGACAGAGACACGAAAGUAGAACUCAGUGAUGGCGAAAAUGGGGACAAAAGUAUAGUGGAGGAUGUCUUGACUAGAAGCGUCACUGAGGGAUUUGACUACUCAGGAAAUGUGAGUGAAAAUCAGUUAAACGCGUUUCAUGAACAUGACUCAAAGACGAGCCUCAUUGGAGACAUUAGACAGCCAGAGGACGUAUUGUUGGCUGGUGCUGAUGAUGCUGUGCUUCAAUGUAUUUAUGAGUUCACUGACAGCAGCCAGACAUCAAGUCAAUAUGCUGACGUUCCUUUCCCCUCCCAGUCAGAUGACAGACUGAAUUCAAAUGUUAUUGUCUCUGAUUGGCAACAUAACCCAGCACCCAAUGAAGACACCCUCCAUCAUUCAAGAGAGAAUCUUAGCUACUCUCAGUUUCCACCAUUACUGGGGAGAGCAGAGGAAAACGUUAACUUAGAACCCAAUGGCACCAAGAGAAAAAGAAAGAUGGGCUCCACUCGUGGGAAUCCUAAAAGUAGGCAUGGUGAGGAACACACAAGAGAAGGGGAGAAACAGGAUACAACAGUACCUGAGGUGAAAGACAGUGUCAACAUAGGUACCACUCAUAGUAUAGAAAAUAUAGACUUGAGAGAAUACACAGAAACCAUCAGAGAGGUGGAAAGAGGAGGUCGGUUGAGAGGUGGGACUGAUACUGAGGACAAAGAUUUGGAGGUCAUAGAUCUGCACCAAUCAGAUAUCAAGAUAACCUCUGAGGAGGGCAAUGAUAAUAAUUUGCCCAAGCAACAUGUGUCAGACUUCAACAACGAGGAUCCCACAAGAUCCGAAAAAAAAGAAAUCUUGAAAGAGAGAGAGAAACAGGAUAUUUUUCAAGGCCAGAAUGAAGAAACUAGGACUACUGAAGUCUUAAAUGAAUCACAAAGCAACGAAACACAAGCAACCACAUGUGCACACAUAGAAGUGGAAUAUGUUGAUGCAGAUGAUGUGACCAAAAACAUGGAUAAGGCCCUCAUGACAGAGACUUGGACAAAUAAGGAAGAAAUAGAGGACCCAACAAGUUACCCAUUCACUGUGGAGGAGAGAGUAAAGCAGUCAGUAGAUCCAUUGAAGUUGAAGAAAGUAGCUAAUUUAUUGACAGUUUCACACAAAGACACACAUGAAGAAGCCAUUCCUAUUUCUGAUGUGCAUACUGAAAAUAUCUCUUAUCAACUUGAUGAAGCCAAAAUAUUACCAAUGAAUGUUCAUGAUGUGCAUGUAUCAGAACAAAGUUUGGAUGUAAAUGUAGCUGAUAACUAUUUGAGCCAGACAGAAAAUGCUAAGAACGUUCCCAAGGAUUCUUCUUCCCAGAAACUUCCCCUAGAUAGCUCUCUGUGUAAUGAAGAAAUACCUUGCAUGAACUCCAAAGCUACAAAAAAGAAAAGAAAGAUGGGGUCCACUCGCAGGCCUUGUAGAGAUGUAAUUGUGGGUGAAAACACAGAAGACUGGGAAAAGGAAGAACACAUUGAUGGUGAAAAUAACAAAGAUGUCAUGGUGGGCGAAGGAGAAGUUUGUCAUGGGGAAGACAGAGACACGAAAGUAGAACUCAGUGAUGGCGAAAAUGGGGACAAAAGUAUAGGGGAGGAUGUCUUGACUAGAAGCGUCACUGAGGGAUUUGACUACUCAGGAAAUGUGAGUGAAAAUCAGUUAAACGCGUUUCAUGAACAUGACUCAAAGACGAGCCUCAUUGGAGACAUUAGACAGCCAGAGGACGUAUUGUUGGCUGGUGCUGAUGAUGCUGUGCUUCAAUGUAUUUAUGAGUUCACUGACAGCAGCCAGACAUCAAGUCAAUAUGCUGACGUUCCUUUCCCCUCCCAGUCAGAUGACAGACUGAAUUCAAAUGUUAUUGUCUCUGAUUGGCAACAUAACCCAGCACCCAAUGAAGACACCCUCCAUCAUUCAAGAGAGAAUCUCAGCUACUCUCAGUUUCCACCAUUACUGGGGAGAGCAGAGGAAAACGUUAACUUAGAACCCAAUGGCACCAAGAGAAAAAGAAAGAUGGGCUCCACUCGUGGGAAUCCUAAAAGUAGGCAUGGUGAGGAACACACAAGAGAAGGGGAGAAACAGGAUACAACAGUACCUGAGGUGAAAGACAGUGUCAACAUAGGUACCACUCAUAGUAUAGAAAAUAUAGACUUGAGAGAAUACACAGAAACCAUCAGAGAGGUGGAAAGAGGAGGUCGGUUGAGAGGUGGGACUGAUACUGAGGACAAAGAUUUGGAGGUCAUAGAUCUGCACCAAUCAGAUAUCAAGAUAACCUCUGAGGAGGGCAAUGAUAAUAAUUUGCCCAAGCAACAUGUGUCAGACUUCAACAACGAGGAUACCAUUAGAUCCAAAAAAAAAGAAAUCUUGAAAGAGAGAGAUAAACAGGAUAUUUUUCAAGGCCAGAAUGAAGAAACUAGGACUACUGAAGUCUUAAAUGAAUCUCAAAGCAACGAAACACAAGCAACCACAUGUGCACACAUAGAAGUGGAAUAUGUUGAUGCAGAUGAUGUGACCAAAAACAUGGAUAAGGCCCUCAUGACAGAGACUUGGACAAAUAAGGAAGAAAUAGAGGACCCAACAAGUUACCCAUUCACUGUGGAGGAGAGAGUAAAGCAGUCAGUAGAUCCAUUGAAGUUGAAGAAAGUAGCUAAUUUAUUGACAGUUUCACACAAAGACACACAUGAAGAAGCCAUUCCUAUUUCUGAUGUGCAUACUGAAAAUAUCUCUUAUCAACUUGAUGAAGCCAAAAUAUUACCAAUGAAUGUUCAUGAUGUGCAUGUAUCAGAACAAAGUUUGGAUGUAAAUGUAGCUGAUAACUAUUUGAGCCAGACAGAAAAUGCUAAGAACAUUCCCAAGGAUUCUUCUUUCCAGAAACCUCCCCUAGAUAGCUCUCUGUGUAAUGAAGAAACACCUUGCAUGAACUCCAAAGCUACAAAAAAGAAAAGAAAGAUGGGAUCCACUCGCAGGACUUGUAGAAAUGUAAUUAUGGCUGAAAACUCAGAAGACUGGCAAAAGGAAGAACACAUUAACUCUGAAAAAAACAAAGAUGUCAUUGUGGGCGAAGGAAAACUUUGUCAUGGGGAAGACAGAGACACGAAAGUAGCACCGGAACUCAGUGAUGUUGAAAAUGGUGACAAAAAUAUAGGGGAGGAUGUCUUGACUAGAAGCGUCACUGAGGGAUUUGACUACUCAGGAAAUGUGGGUAAAAAUCAGUUAAAGGUAUUUCAGAGUGAAUCAAAGGCAAGCCCCAUUGGUGACAUAACACAGCCAGAGGAUGUAUUGUUGACUGGUGCUGUUAAUGCUGCCCAAUACAUGUAUGAGUUCACUGACAGUAGCCAGACGUUAAGUCAGUAUGCUGAUUGUGCAAUGCCAUUCCAGUCAGAUGACAUACCGAGCACUUAUUCUAUCGUCUCUGAAGGGCAACAUAACCCAACUCCCUAUGAAGACACACUCCAUCAAUUAACAGAGAAUCUCAACUCCUCUCAGUUUCCACAGUUACUGGGGAGAGCUAAGGAAGAAGUUAACGUAGAACUCAACACCUCACGGAGGAGGAAAAAGAUGGGCUCCACUCGUGCAAAUCCUAAAAGUGGGCAUGAGGAGGAACACACAGGAGAAGGGGAGAAAGAGGAUGCAACAGUUCCAAAGACUAUACCUGAGGUGGAGAACACUGUCAAAACAGGAACCACUUUGAGGACAGAAAACAUUGAAUUUAGAGAAUCUGCAGAAACCCUUACAGAGGAGGAGAGAGAGGAUCAAUUGAGAUUAGUGACUGAUGCCAAGGACAAAGGUUUGAAUGCCAGAGAACUAAACAAAACAGAUGGCACACACUAUAAGGAAAUAGAGGACUCAACUAAUGACCUAUACACUGCUCAAGAAAAAAUGAAACCGUUUGGAGAUACAAUGAUGGUAGAGGACCCACACCAUGUAUUGGAAUCAGAUGUAGCUAAUUACCAUUGUAGUCAGUCAAAGGAUGUAGAAACAACUCCAAGGGAAUCCUCACACAGACUCCUCUCAGACAGUUCUUUGUGUCAUGUAGGAAGUCCUCACACAAUCACCACAGGGAAAAAAAGAAAGAUGGGUUCAACUCGCAAGAAACUACAAGGGACACAUGAAGAAAUUAGGAAACUAAAGGGAGAUCUGACUGAGCCUGAGGAUGGUCCCAUUGGAGAACAAUACAAAGAAAGAGAGAAUGACAAAGCUACAGAACGCAAGUUCUGUCACAGUACUUCAAUUCAAGAGCAAACUAACAAUGACAGUUUAGACAUAGUUGGAAUGGCGGAUAACAGCCAAUCAAAAAAUUAUUUGGGGGGUUUUAAUAAACCAUCUGGGGUGUCAGUUCAGUUGGGGCAGUUUGAAGACAUGUUAUCUCAUAAACCUGCUGGUGAUCAAGACCUUUCACAAAGUCACUCAGAAUGUCUAGCAAACACAAAGGAUCCAAUCCAAAAUUUAAACAUUGACCCCAAGGCAACAGGAAAGAGAACCAAAAAUGUCUCCUCUCUUAGCAAUUCGAGAGAAAGACAAGAUGAAUAUCUGAGACAAGAGAAACAGGAGGAGGACACCGAAGUGAAAGAGAUGGCAAGUGGUGUGGGAGACGUAAAGCAACAUUUAGCAACAAAUGAAGAUCAUGUUGUUCAGAACUCAGACCCCUUAAACAAAUCCCACCAAUUUGAGGAUUUCUCAAAUGCCAACAACGAUGUUGAGAAUCCACAAGGAAAAAGAAAAAAGAUGGGUUCUAGACGUCAUGGCCAUGGUGAGUUCAACAAUGGAAAUAACAGAGAUGAACAUUGGCCUGGUUCCACCGAAAGGAACAAGGAUGACAUGUUACAUCUGGAGAAUCAAACAGAAGAUAAAGGCACAGAGAAGGUUGUUACUUUAGAUUUUGAAGGAAACAAGACACUCUUAUGCCGUGAUGGUCCUGGACUCAGGCAGGAAGUGGGGUCUACAGAUUUUUCUGGUAAAACACUGCCUAAACAACUGGAGCCGACACCAUAUGUAGGUGCUGGCAAUACAAGGAGCUCUGCGGAGCAAGUGGAGAAGACCUGUGAAAAAGAGGAAGUAAAGAAGAGAAUACAGACAAGACAACAUCAGGCAGACACUAGCAGAAACCGUGUCCCUGGGCAAAGCCGCUACAACAUAGUGAUGGUUGGAAACAGCAAUGUAGGCAAGACCUCUUUCUUGAAUCAAUUCCGAAGUGGGGAGUUUUGUUCAGACAUAUGUGCAUCAAUUGGCAUCGAUACAUGUACACAGUCUGUGAUAGUGGAUGGGAAAACAGUGAUGUUACAGUUAUGGGAUACUGCAGGUCAGGAAAGGUUUCGCAGCAUCACAAGACAGGUAUUUCACAAAGCUCAGGCAUUCCUGUUGAUGUAUGACAUCACUUCCUCUCAAAGCUUCAGUGAUGUCCGCUACUGGGUCACCUCUAUCCAGGACAAUGCUAUAGAUGAAGUCAUCAUUAUCCUGCUUGGAAACAAGACUGAUUGUGCCAAGCGUCAGGUUGAGCCACAUGAAGCGGAAAGUCUGGCCAAGGAAUACAACAUUUACUUCAUGGAGUGCAGUGCCGCCACAGGGGACAAUGUGCAGCAAUCCAUGGAAAUUGUGGCAAGGUUAAUGAAGCAGAAAGUCGACGAGGCUGAAGAAGGAAGUAUGGUGUUGCACAAAGAACCUCCAGUGAAGAAAUCUUCAGGCUGUUGCUAAUCAGGAUGUGUCCACAGUUGUGCUUUAUGAACUUCUCUGUCUUCUUUUAAUACG